UCAGUUGAACUCAUAUCGUCUAUCAACAUGUCCUAUAACUGCUGCUCUAGAAACUUCUCCUCCCGCUCACUUGGUGGCUACCUGUGCUACCAAGUCCCUUCCUGUGGCUCUUCCUUCCCAAGGAACCUGGUUUACAGCACUGACUUCUGCUCUCCCAGCACUUGUCAGCUGGCCUCUUCUCACUACAGGGGCUGUCCGGAGACCUGUUGUGAGCCCAGCUGCUGCCAGAAGUCCCAGAUGGUGUCCAUUCCCUGCCAGACAUCCUGGUACCGCCCAAGGACAUCCAGACUCUGCAGUCCGUGCCUGACGACUUACACUGGGUCUCUGGGCUUUGGCUCCAGAAGCAGCUGCUCUCUAGGCUAUGGAUCCAGAAGCCACUGCUCCCUCAGCUCUGGAUCCAAUCGCUUCAGGCCCCUGAGUUAUGGCAUCUGUGGUUUCCCUUCCUUUGGUUGUGACUCUGGAUUCUGCAACCCAACUUACUUUCCUUCUAGGAGUUGCCAUUCAUCUUGUUACACACCAACUUGCUGA